UACGAACUGUAACAUUUAUAUCGGCUGAUGUACAUUUGGGCAAAUCUCUGAAACAUUUCAGGCUCCGUUUGCUGUUCUUGUGUCUCUCCUUGCGUCUCACGCACAACGCCCUCUCAGAGGCAGCCACACCCAGUCUGUGCUUCACAGGCAAAGUUGACUCAUGAAGUGUAAGAAGACACCAGCGAGUGUUUCUGAGUCCACAAAUACCCGCCGCUGAACCGCGCACACGGCUACAGAAGAGCCAACAUGAAGCUUUGUUUGAGGAUUGCGCUGCUUUUCCUGGUUACUGGAACAUUAACACAAGAUUUGGACCUGUGGGAUGCGUUGGAUACACCAGACCCGACACCCCAGAAACCCAAAGAGAAGCCAAAGACACCAGAGCAGCCCAAGAAGGAUGGUGACCUAGACCUCUUGGAUGCAUUCGGACCAGGCGAUUCACAGCCAGAGAAACCCAAGAAACCAAGUCCUGGAGGCUCUGAUUCCAAUGGAUUCGAUCUGGGAGACGCUGUCAAUCCAGGUAAGACAUGGAUCAUUCCCAUCAGUCGCUCCAGUUUUGUUAGUGCUAGUAAUGAUCAUUUUUCAGGUGGUGGAAGUUUUGAUGAUUCCGACUUGUUUGAUGUGAGCGGUGGAGACUACAAGCCUGAUGGAGGCCGCUCAGGAGGUACGAUGACGGUUAUUUUAUGUUAUUUUAUUGUGAUUGCGCUUUUUACAUCUCUGUUGUGGCUCCAGUGUAACCCUAAAUCACAGGUGUCCAACUCCAGGCCUCGAUCCCGUGUUCUCACAGGUGGAGCUGGACAGCCUCAAGGGAGCGGUCCGAUCGCAGGGAUCAUCAGUGCCGUCGGCGUUGCCCUGGUGGGAGCAGCGUCCAGUUACUUUGCUUAUCAGAAGAAGAAGCUGUGCUUCAAGCUGCAGGGAGGUGCAGAUCCAGAGAGUGGGAAAGGACACCAAGGCACUCGUUCCGAGCCUCAAGUUCUCAGCAACCUGCUCCAGACAAACUAGACGCGUCUCUCCUGCUGCCAGAGGACUUCAAUCAACUUCCAGUGUUGGUGGUGCUUCUGCAGCCUGAUCGACUACAACUGUAGCUUGAAGACUGUCCGUUUGCAAACAUCUGAGUGUGCAUCUUCUCUUUGUAUCUUUAACAAAAAUCAGAAUAUCCCAAAGGUGAUUUGUGUUUGUUGGCUGUGUGUAACUGCUGUAAAGAUGAAUACUCUGUGGUACUACACACAUUUAUUUUAAAGUAGGUGCAAAUAUUCAUGCAGGUGAUAUUUUUAACAGUAAGUCUCCUCUGUAGGGUUCCAGUUUAAACACUCGUUACUACAGUUUACUAAAGUAAAGACACACAUAUACUAUUCAGCGUAGCGCACACCUCUGCAGCACACCUCUGCAGCACACCUCUGCAGCACACCUCUGCAGAGCACAGGGAUAUAAAAGCUGCUGUGCAGUGCAACAUGAACACAUCCAAACACAGCAGUGACCCCGUUUGGAACAGGGUGUGUCCAUGCUCCUCAGCCGGGUCCCUGGAGGUGUUUCAAACUGAAGGAGAGCUUCCAUUAGUUGAGCUGUAGUUUAGCCUCAGUGUGUGACCAAUGAAAUCACCUGGAAAUGUGUAUUUUAGAGUAAAAGAAGCGUGUUUGUCGCAUGAUUUAAGCGUUUAGUGGAAGUGCACAUUCUUCAGGAGGCCACGCACAUUUCCAGUGAUGGUAAACGAACAUGAAGCACAGCUCGUGCUGAAGCCAGGAGAUGUUUGUAGAGCACAUCUGUUCAUGAAACACAAAAAAUGCACAUUUAUUAAUGCACUAGACAACUCUUAGGAUCUUAAUGUUACAUACAGCACAAACAUGAGCUUCUUGCUAUCUUGAUUAUAAAAAUUCAUUUUUCUCCGUCUGUCCAAAACCUUUUUAUCUGCUGCUUUGUAGAUGAACGCUCAGAAUCAGCAGCUCUUUGUCAGGAUAUGAUUUAUGUACACAGUGUCCGGAUCAUAAAUACGAUGUCACUAAAAGAACAUGUUUGGUAUAUUUCCAUGGAGGUGUAGAUGUGUCGGCACAUGUUUAGCACACAGAUUUUCAUGUUUAAAACAAAGGUUUAAUGAAUCAGUGCCUUAGAAGAGCAGCAGCCACAGAUCACCGACGCUGGGCCGACGCAUUUAUGCUCAUCGAGUGUUUUAGUGACACGUGCUGUCCCACAGACUCACACUGGGACAUCAGUCAUAAAUGAUCACAUCACAGUCUGAGGGCUCAGCAGCAGACAGACUGUGACGUGAACUCUUACGAUGCUAAAGUAUUGAAACAGUUUGCGGUGAGAUGUAGAUAGUUGGGGAGGUGGUGUGUACAGAUGCUUCGAGCUUUUCUCAGUUUGAAAUGUUAGUCUGUUACUAAUUUGUCCGGGUUCACAAACCGAGAUUGUUAUUUAGUUUUUUACAUCUGACUUAGAUUAGAGAAAUGUUGCAUUUGUGAGUGGAUUUAAUGCAAAUGUUUCAAAUAAAAUGAUCUGUGUUUGUAUGAACCCUCGUUGUGUUUAACCUGCACCA